GAAAUACCAUCCAUGAAUCGAGGCAAAGAACUUCAGCAAAGGUGAAUGGCCGCCUACACAGAUCUAGAGUUUACCUGCGGCGAGAGCAUGCACGGGGGACGCUUCUUUCUCGGUCUUCUACUCAUUCUAACGACCAUUGUGCUUCCACUAGUGGCGAUGGGGCUGCGGUCUCGUUCCGUAUUUCGCCGCCGCGACAUCCGCCCGCCCUCACCUUUUCAAUAA